AUGAUUUAUCGUUAUUUGAAUUUUCGCUUUUUUGGUGCAUUUCCACCAAAGCGUCCAGUUCCGUCUUCAACUUUUAUUGGUAGUUUAGAGAGAAUCAAUGUUUUUACAAUGUCUGAAGAAAAAGAAAACAUUCAUUUCUCAUCAAAGCUCAAAAGUUUAACUGGAGUGCCGGAACUCGUCAUAGAUUUCGCUGACUUUUUGAGCCAAGCUCAAUUCGAAAUAGGAGAAUGUAUAGAAAAUGAAGUUCCAUCACCACAACAAAGUGGUAUCAAAGAGGAUGAAGACGAAUCUAUUCCACUAGUUUUAAUAGAAGGAUUUAUGGGACCAGCGUAUCCAAGACUGUAUUGGGGACCAUUAAAAGAUAUUUUGUAUGAAAAUAAAAUAAAUUCAAAUAAUGAUCGUAACAAUGGUGUUCGUCGCCGACGUCGAUGCCUAUUUGUGUCUCCUGGUCCUGGAAAUUCUUUACAUGAUAGAGCGGUUGAAGUGUAUUAUCAAUUGAAAGGAGGAAAAGUUGAUUAUGGGGAAGAACAUUCUAAACAAUUUGGCCAUGCUCGUUAUGGACGAGAAUACAAAGGUUUAUAUCCCGAAUGGAGUUUAGAUAAACCAUUACAUUUCUUUGGUCAUUCUCUGGGUGGUACGACGAUAUGGAAACUACAACAAUUGUUAAAUAGUAAUUUUUUCCCAGUUCAGCAUAAUCCACACCCAGAUAUGAUACUUUCCUUAACGGCCAUCUCGGCACCAUUCAAAGGAUCACAAGCAUCAUAUAAUCUCGGACAGAAAGCAGAUACAACAGGUCAAGUCGUUCCCUAUUCGUUCGGUUAUUGGCUUGGUAAAUUCGCAAAGACGUACGAAUAUUUCGAUAUCAAAUGGUUGAAGAAGAACGUAUUUGAUUUUCAAUUAGAGCACUGGAACGAAAGUUCUAUGUUCAAGGAUAAAGAUCAUGCGCCAUAUGAUUUGUCAAUACACGGGAUGAAAGAUUUGAAUGCGAAGAGUCGUACUUUUACGAAUACUUUUUAUCGAACGUAUGCCGCUUCAAUGACUUAUCUCGAUGAAGAAACAGGAUUCCAUAAACCGAAAUUUUUGACUACAAUUUUGCCGUUAUACUAUACAUCAAAAGCAAUUGGAUGCUUCAGAUUUCCCGAAAAUGCAAUUGAUCCACCCGUAAAAAGCGACGAACUUUUACAAUGGUUUGAAAAUGACGGCAUUUGUCCAGUUAUCUCGCAAUACCAUCCGGAGCAAUGCUCACCAAAAUAUUGUACGCAUCAUCAAGGGAUGCCCGGGGACAAUAACAACGCCAACGUAAAUCAUUAUGGUAGUCCAGGGGUUUGGGAUGUUUGGAUGUUACCGGAUACAACUCAUCUUGGUUUGUUUCCGGCUUGGAGAACGACAAAAAAACAUAGACAGUUUUUUAACGGAUUAAAAGAAUAUUUAAAUGCAUUGGAUGACGUGUUUUUGAAAAAAAGGAAUGGUGAAGGAUCCUAG